GCUGCGCAUUUCCCCCGUUCGUCUCGGCUCACACCGAAGAAACCCUCUCGGCCUCUACUUCGCCGGCGCCGCCGGGCACGCCGCCGCCCUCCGGGACAGGCGUCCGCCCCUUCGCCCACAGGAGCCCGCCGCCUUGAGUCCUCCCUCGCAACUCCGACGCUAGUGUCUCUUUCCAUUCCUUGACCUUCUUGGAGCCGGUAUUCAUCCGGACUCGCUUUAUUCGCUUCCCUGCAGGGUGUGAUGUGCGAUUGAGCUCUCGAGCCAUAAUCUUUCUUCCUCUCCAUCAUAUUACUUGUCGAAUUUAUUACUGCGCGGUGCCAUGCUGAUCUGACCCCAUCCAUUCCCGUUGUUAUUCUUCUAUUACUUGUCCCAAGAAUUGGGCGGGUUUUCAGCUGGACCCUCAUGUCCGGCAUUAACACUCAGCUCCAUCUCCACACUUGGAAUUGGCAAUGAGGAGCUUGUUUCAGGCGUGCCACCGCUACCGCCGCCUCACGUCCGUCCCUCGUGCUGUGGAAGCUGCCUUUUCUGUAAGACCACACUGCUUGGAAACAAUUUGAGGCCAAUGACUAUGGGCCAUGGAGGAGGUAUAGGUAUAUUUCUGCAAGCACCAGUAAGGUUCUACCAUGGGAAACGCCGUCCCGUGAAACGCUGCUGAGGAAGAUAGAUGGUGCUUUAAAGGAUGGCAAUGUCGAAGAGGCACUGCAAUCAUUCGGAAAUUACAAGAAGCUUCACGGUCUUCCUGAGCCGCGGGUACUGAAUAGCGUGAUCGUGUCGCUGUCUUACAUGUCUAGUCGGAGGUGGCUUCAGAGGGCAUUUGACUUGGUUCUCUCAGUUCAUCAAAUUAACAGCAACGUUCUCAACUGUGGCUCACUGAUGAGGCUAGCGUUGGCUCUUGCGAGAGAUCAGAUGCCUGUUCCAGCCUCCAUGGUCCUGAGGAUCAUAUUGGAGAGUGGAAAGCUCCCUGAUGUUGAUAUACUGAGCAUGGUGUUUCUGCAUAUGUUGAAGUCACAGGUUGGAUCCUAUCUUGUCACUGAUGUUAUGAUUGAGACCUGUGAGAGUUUCUUGGACCAAGUUACAGAUAGACGGGAAAUGAAAAAACUUGAUCCAAUAAAGAACAAUGCCACCUUGUUCAAUAUGGUUUUGGAGUCAUGUGUGAAUUUUAAAUGCAUUAUCAAGGCCCAGAAAAUAAUGGAACUGAUGUCAUUGGUCGGAGUUGUGGCCGAUGUAAAUACAGUGGUGAUUGCUAGCCGUGUCUUUGAGAUGGUUGGGCAACGAGAUGAGUUGAUACAAAUGAAAAGAAGCAUCGACUCUUUAACAUCUUUGCCAUUUCUUCAGUACUACCAGCAUUUUUAUGACAGUCUAUUGAGCCUGCAUUUCAAAUAUAAUGACAUGGAUGCUGCUGCAAAAUUUUUAAUCAAUCUGCAUCAGCAACGAAAACCUAGUGUUUUCUUUCCCAAUGGUUUACAGAAACAAGGUAUAAUACAAAUUGGAUCUGGAAAUCUGAAAACCGGAUAUAGAAUAAUGUUUGAUCCCGGAAAAGUUGACAGGAGCUUUGUUUUGGGUACAGAAAGCCAAUUUGGCCUUGUUGUCCUUACUAAUGGAAAUCUUCUUCAUACAGAAAAGGCUCUUGCUAAACUUAUUGUAGGUUGUGUGAAAUCAAGGAAUAUGCAUGCAUUAUCUAGCCUUUUUAUUAUGUUACAUAAAGAAGAUCUAGAGGUAAUUUCUCCUCUGGAUGUGGUUAAUGCAUGCAUUCAAAUGGGAUGGUUGCAUGCUGCUCACGAAAUGCUAGAUGAUUUAGAGUCAGCUGGAAUCCAAGUCGGGAUUACUAGUUACAUUUCUCUUUUGAGAGCAUAUGAGCAGGAGAAUAAGUCAGAAGAAUUCGAUGGGCUUCUCCAGCAGAUACAAAAGAUUGCAUCUACCAUGGAUGAUAUUCAUUCAAAUUAUCCAUUUACGAUCAAGAAUAUUGCCAAAAUAGUGAAGGAUGAAAUGCCUCUCACUAAUUCAUCUUUGUUUGCUGCUUUGGCUGAAGAAAUGAAACAUUACAACCCUGAAGGACACUUGACAUUAGAGUUCAAUAAUUCGAUUCUUUUCUUCUGCAAGGCAAAAAUGAUGGAAGAUGCUCUCUGCACAUAUAAGCGUAUGAGAGAACAACAUAUCAGGCCCACUUAUUAUACUUUUUGCCACAUACUGUGCAGUUAUUCUUCAAUGGACAUGCAUAGGGAGAUCACCAUGCUUUGGGGAGAAAUAAAGCGCAGACUUGAAUAUGGAGAGCUAGAUGUGGACAGGGACUUGCUUGAUUGCUUGAUUUUGAAUUUCCUUAAAGGUGGAUAUUUUUCGAGGGUGAUGGAGGUCAUUAGUUACAUGUCAAAACAUAAUAUUCACUGCGACAAGUGGAAAUACAGGCAUGUCUUCCUGAAGCUACACAAGAACCUGUAUAGGAAUUUGAACUCCCUGCAUGACAAAACUGAAGCUCAGAACAAAAGGAUUGAAGAUGUCCGAGCUUUCAGGUCAUGGGCAGGUAUUAAAUAAAUAGGGUUAGUAACCAUUUUGGUCCCUCAAGUUUAGCAAAAGGUUCACUUUGUCCCGUAAGGUUUAUUUUGAUCCUUUGCAUUUGCAAGUUGGGUGCAUUUGAUGACUUGGCGCCAGGAAAGCAUGCCAUGCCACUAACUGUUCAUUGCCUCCUCUUUGCUGACUAUGCUCUGACAAAAAGAUCAAAUUGCCCCUGCCUCCCAGCUGAUUGUGUCGAACCAUUCAAACCAGUUGCCAGUUACCACAUAGACCAAAGCAUUGCAUGGAGGGGCACUAUUUCUCACUGAGCUGGCUUGAGGCGAGAAGCAGGGGCACGCUUUUAUGGCAAGUAAGCCCCACACGCACUGAGCUGAGAUCUCUUAUGCCCAGAGGAGCUCCAAUGUCAUGGCAGGUUUUGGCAUGCCAUGGCACACUGGCUACGGUGCAGUUGCCCAUGGAUUCCCACGAGGCCACGAGCAGUUAUGUUCGGACCAACUUUAUUUACACGCAUGGUGGGCUUUGCACUGGAUUGGUCAAUAUUUUGUUGUGCCCCUGGGAUUGCCAUAUUGUGCUGAGUUUUUAUAUGCUUCGGCCUCAAUAUGCAAAUUCUGGACAGAAUUUGAAUUCAUCGGCAGAGCAAGGGGUCAUCGAUGGAGGAACUCACAAUGUGGGGCUUUAAGCAGCUUGGAGUAGAGGAAAUCAUCCAAAGUUUGGGGAUACUGUAUCUAGAAUUUGUACAGUGAUUCUCUUUUUUUUCUUUGAUAAUCUUUAGCUGUGUUUGAGAACCCUGUAAACUUAUAUGCAAUUUUGGGAAAUACAGCCAUCUCUGCGUCUUUUAGGGUUGACGA